CAACUUAGAUUAUCAAUUUUGCAAGUUGUGGCUUGACUUAUUACUUACUAAAAAAUAAUGGUCUUAGACUCUUAAACAGGAUGAACUUUUUUAUUCUGUGAGUUACAUACUUUGGAGGCAGAAAAGGAGCACUUAGCAGAGUAGAAGAGAGGAUCCUUAGAAGGUUCUUGCUUUUUUCUCUCUGUCUGAUUCUCAGUCCACAUAUUAUAAAUGCACGCAUGCUUUGUUCCUUAAUCUCCAUGUCUGAAACACUUUAGAGGAGCACACUGAGAGGAAAAAAGGAUGGGAAAUAACAUGGCAACAUACAACAAAUACAAAAGUUUCUUGUUCUUUAUCAGAAAGUUCAAGGUCACCGAGCCAGUUUCACCUCAGGACCUUGAGGAGGCGUUUUCAAAGUUCACCGGAGGAGGUUCCCACAUGUCUGCGGACGAGCUCCACCGUUUCCUGGUGGAGCACCAGGGUGAAGAAGACUACACGUUAUUGGAUUCGGAGAAAGUUGUUGAGAAGGUUCUGAAAGAGAGAAAGAGAUGUCAAGAAAGUGUUAAGGUUGAUCAAAAUAGAGAACAUGAGAUCACCCUUGAUGAGCUCUUCCGUUUUUUGCUUCAUGAUGAUUCCAACGGUCCCUUGAAAGCCGAGGUACAUCAUGAUAUGGGUGCUCCAUUGUCACAUUAUUUCAUAUAUACAGGCCAUAACUCCUAUUUGACGGGGAAUCAGCUCAGCAGUGACUGCAGUGAAGAACCAAUCAUAAAGGCUUUGAAAAGAGGCGUGCGUGUUAUUGAACUUGAUUUAUGGCCAACAUACAAUAAGCAUGAUAUUAAAGUAGAUCAUGGAUGGACUCUCACAAACCCUGCUUCAGUUAUCAAAUGUCUAGAGUCCAUAAAGGAAUAUGGUUUUGUUGCAUCUCAAUACCCGGUGAUCAUAACUAUAGAAGACCAUCUUACAACAGAUCUUCGAGCUAAAUUUGCAGAAAUGGCAACUCAAAUAUUUGGGGAAAUGCUUUUUUACCCUGGGACAGAUUGCUCUUGCUUAACAGAAUUCCCUUCCCCGGAAUCACUAAAAAAUCGAGUUAUUAUAUCAACGAAACCUCCGAAAGAACGUUUUAAGUCCAACCGUAUCAAGGACAAUCCUAUGCUGAAUGAAAGUGAUUCAUCUGAAGAAGAAACAUGGGGAAAUGAAUCUCCAGACUCUAACAAGAACGAAGUGGAGACUGAGGACACCCAGAAUGGAAGCGAUCGUGAUGAGGGAAAUGUAAGUGCAUGUGAAUGUGACCAUAAACCAUAUCAGGAGUGUUCACCUGAUUACAAACACAUAAUUACUAUCCAUAAUACGAAGCUCAAGGGAUGCAUGAAGGAUAAAUUGAAAACAGACGGUGAAGUUAGACGCCUAAGUUGGAGUGAGAAGACCCUUGAAAAGGCUUCAGAAUCUCAUGGAACAGAUAUUCUUAGGUUCACACAGAAAAAUAUCCUCAGGGUUUACCCAAGUGCAAUGCGUGUCAAAUCCUCAAAUUUCAAGCCACAUAUUGGGUGGAUGUACGGGGCUCAAAUGGUUGCAUGCAAUAUGCAGGGGCUUGGCAAAUCGCUCUGGUUGAUGCAGGGUAUGUUCAGGGCAAAUGGAGGCUGUGGUUAUGUAAAGAAGCCUCAAUUUCUAAUGGAGAAGCAUCAAUGUGACAAUGAGUUUGAUCCUACAAGGAUACAGUCAGUGAAGAAGAAGACAUUAAAGGUAAAAGUAUACAUGGGACACGGUUGGAGCUCAGAUUUCAGUCCUACACACUUUGACAAAUGCUCCCCGCCGGACUUUUACACUAAGGUCCGUAUUGUUGGAAUGCCAGCUGAUGUUGCAAAGAAGAAAACAAAGGUUAUGAUGGAUGAUUGGUUUCCUGUUUGGGAUGAAGAAUUUGAAUUCUCUUUAAUUGUUCCAGAGCUUGCAUUGCUUCUGAUACAAGUAAAGGACAAAGAUCCUGGAAAGGAUGACUUUGCUGGACAGACAUGUUUGCCAGUGUCAGAGCUAAAACAUGGAUUUCGUUCAGUCCCUUUAUAUAACAAAAAGGGUGAGAAAUUUAAAUCUGUAAAGCUGUUGAUGCGGUUUCAGUUUGAAUGAAUUGUAGCAUGCUGUCUCCACAUCUAGCUCUAACAUUACAUACAUGGUUUGACCACAUGACUGCUACAAUUGUUUGUCAUAAACUCAUAAUUAAUCAGUGAACAAUGUAUACUGCAUAUUGCUAAUUUAAAUUGAAUUCAGUACACUUAAAAAUUUA